GUCGAAUUUGUUGGUGUAGCGAUUAUUUUGAUUACCUAUUGUUUUUAAUGUUUUAUUUAAAUAAUUAGCUCAAUAACAUGUCACAACAGCUAGAAUUAUUAACAGAGAGCCCUUCACAAUGGACAGCUGUUUCGUUAUUAACGCCAGAAAUUCAAAAGAAGGAAAUAAAACCUUUUGUUAUUUUGGCUCUAAAAGAGUUAGAAGGUAAUCCAGACAGUAGGACCUCUAGUUUGAUGAACACGGACAAGUUUGCAGCGGUGAGGGCGGUGGUGCGACACUUCUCUAGGCUGCGGUCCGCUACUAAAGAACCAUGGAGUGCUGAGGAUGUUCAGGUGUUCCUGGAAGGAUUGAGGUUCUCACCGGACUGUGUAUCAGAACUCACAGCAUUAUUGUGUACAGACAAAAUGUAUGAGAAUGUUCCCACACACCUCCGAGUGAAGCCAGGCCUGGUCAGCAUCAGCUGGAAGAUAGACAUCUCACUCUGUCAAUCAACAAUAUCAACCGAAAAGCCAUCUUCACAGCGAACAAAAGAAAUUAUUCAUCGAGAUACACAUGUGAUAUUAAUUCUGCAUCUAUCGGACGGACAGACAAAUAUAUAUCGGCUGUCGUAUGAUAAGUUCCAUGAACUCAGGUAUACUAUAGCCAGUGCAUUGAAGAGUAUGAUCGUCCUAGAGAAAAGAAAAUGCAUGAGGAAGGAAUGACAUAAAUUUUCAUGGGGGUGACUCAAGGUAAGCGUUCACAAGCCCGCGUCAGGCACAACAAUUCUAGACUCCUUGCCACUAGAAGUGCUUUGCUCAAUCCGAGAAUUGAACUUGAGGUCACUUAGUUGCCGGGUAGCCGGCGCCGACUGUCCGGUAACACGGUCCCCUUUCGCAUGUACUAUUUUUUUUAUAUUCGGUACCGCCUUUGCUAUCGACGCGAGUACAGUCGCGUAGUAUUUGUAUCUGGGCAGCAACGCAUCGGCUAAAGUCCCUUGUCACACAUUACCUUGCCGGGUAACCGGUAUCUGUAUUUCCUGAAGGGUAUA